AUGAGCUUGCUAGGCCCAGUGCUCACCAAGCCACCGGGUCCUGCGGUCAUGAACUUGCUAGGCCCAGUGCCCACCAAGCCACCGGGUCCUGCGGUCAUGAACUUGCUAGGCCCAGUGCCCACCAAGCCACCGGGUCCUGCGGUCAUGAACUUGCUAGGCCCAGUGCUCACCAAGCCACCGGGUCCUGCGGUCAUGAACUUGCUAGGCCCAGUGCCCACCAAGCCACCGGGUCCUGCGGUCAUGAACUUGCUAGGCCCAGUGCUCACCAAGCCACCGGGUCCUGCGGUCAUGAACUUGCUAGGCCCAGUGCCCACCAAGCCACCGGGUCCUGCGGUCAUGAACUUGCUAGGCCCAGUGCUCACCAAGCCACCGGGUCCUGCGGUCAUGAACUUGCUAGGCCCAGUGCCCACCAAGCCACCGGGUCCUGCGGUCAUGAACUUGCUAGGCCCAGUGCCCACCAAGCCACCGGGUCCUGCGGUCAUGAACUUGCUAGGCCCAGUGCCCACCAAGCCACCGGGUCCUGCGGUCAUGAACUUGCUAGGCCCAGUGCCCACCAAGCCACCGGGUCCUGCGGUCAUGAACUUGCUAGGCCCAGUGCCCACCAAGCUGUGA